AUGGCGUCGCUCCUAGCGCCUGCGCAAGCGCAGAUGAGCAGCCUCUCGCUCGCUGCGUCGAGAUCUCAGAAUGCCCUCUCUUCGUCCGCCUCCGUCUCUUUCCGCGGGGCAGCCAUCUCCGCUCCCCGCCGAGUUGCCGCCACGGCGACUCCCUCCGCCGUUGCCGUGCGCGCGCAGGCCUCCGCCGACGCCGCCACGCAAGAGCGGUUCCGCCUGAACAACCUGGCCCCCCAGCCGGGAUCCCGGCGCCAGGAGAAGCGCAAGGGGCGCGGGCACGCGGCAGGCCAGGGCGCCAGCUGCGGGUUCGGCAUGCGCGGGCAGAAGUCCAGGUCCGGGCCGGGCGUGAGGCACGGGUUCGAGGGUGGGCAGAUGCCCCUGUACAGGCGUCUGCCGAAGCUGAAGGGCAUUGCGGGGGGCAUGGGCGCGGGUCUGCCCAAGUAUGUGACGCUGAACGUGGGGGAUUUGGAGGAGAUGGGGCUGGAGGAGGGCGAGGAGGUGUCUCUGGAGAGCCUUGUUGAGGAUGGCAUUCUCAACCCCUCUGGCCGCGACCGCCGGCUGCCACUCAAGAUCUUGGGUGAUGGCGAGAUCUCCACCAAGGUGACCAUCAAGGCGGCUUCUUUCAGCGAAGCUGCCCGGGAAAAGCUUGAGGCUGCUGGUUGCACACUCGAGGUUGUACCUGGCAGGAAGAAGUUCCUCCCUGCACUGGCUGAGAAGAGACAGGCACAGAUGGCUGAAUUCCUGGCUUCCAAGGGAGUUACUGCAUAA